CUACUUGCAACAGCAGCGAUUCUUCUACUUGAAGUAUCCAACUCCUUUAUCAGCGACCAACAAUGGCUCAAUUACCCAUCUCCUCUAUUCUAGGGCCUUUCCGCCGAACUGUCUUGAACCCAAGGAUACUCCAGACCAGACCAUCCUCGACGCUCCAAGGCCAUCCUCACAUUUACAUAUUCGCCAACCAACUCUCUCCGAACACCCACACCCUCUCCCUCCUACCCGCCAACCCCCCAACCCCAGAGCUUGCCAUCGGCACCACCUCCCAGCUCCCGCCCACCCCAAGUUCAUUCGUCGAGAACCCACGUUUUCUUAACAUCCUGCAAUCCGUCGUCUCCGAACAUGCGCACGAAGACCCGGACGUCAAAUCGCAAGCGCAAGUCAUGGCCUCUACGGCGGGCGCAAAUUUAGGAUCCGGCGGGGUGUUUUUCUCUCCGCAGCCCCGACGCAAGAGGCCAGCGUACGGCAGCGGGGGUGGGACGGGAGGCGAUUCCAGCGGCGGAGCGAGCGGCCAGGGCGGAGUCGGGUCCGGUGGCCGCGGCGGAUGGAUUCAUGUGUCGGAUAGCAGAAAUCCGCCGGAAUACGGACGAAUUGCUUGGCCGGAAGAUAUAUUCGGAAGUUUGGAGGUAGACGGGAAUGGAAAUAUUGAAGGGAAUGGGAAUUAUCAACCUAGUGGAACGUACCGAAUUGUAACGAGAAAUGGAAUACUCGGAUUAAGCCCGUUCUUGAGGGAGAAGCUUGUCCAGCGGCUGCGGGCUGAAGAACAAAGCCUCCGCCGAUAAUAUUAUUUCCCUGACCGGUAGCCACGGUCGAACUUUUGUACAAUAACUAAAGGAUGGCGGAAUGCAACUGGACGGUACUAUUAUUGGCCAUCUCCAUAUCAAUCCAUUGGUACUGCCUGUCUAAUUUUGUCCCACCUCCUAAACCACUUACACCACUUCAAUUCAUCGGGCGAAUAAACCCCGUUUCCUAUCAGCUCUCCAAUUGGCAAUACGGGAGCAGGAUUCUUGGCAGAACAAUAUGCAUGGGCAUAUGGUUCUAUCCAGAAAGUUAUCAUGUACGGUUUAAAGAAUUUGGAGGUAAUGGAAAAGACGAGGCUGCCAUUGCCCAUCUGCAUGCUGGAAUAGCGCUUUUAGAGCGUAAUCACUUUUGUUCAGACACAGGAGUCAGUGUUGAAAAACUUUCGUGCUGCUCAUAACUAAUUUGAGCCGUACAUAUAUCCUAUGCACCCCCAAACUCAUCUUGCCAGGGAUGUAAAGUUUCAGAAGCUAGCUUCCCGUGGUCUAUAGUUCCUCCCGGACCUGUCCCUAUAGCUCUAAUGCUUUUCAGGAAUGGCGGCGGGGGGAGAUCUGAUACGUGC